UGUCGAGAAUCAGUACGAAGCACAUCAAUCCAACUCCCCCUUUUCAUCCAUAAAUAAUGUCAGCAUGCUCUAUCAUUCAACACUCGCAUCAACCUUUCCUUCUUUUUCUUCUUCUUCUUCUUCUUCUUCUUCAACAUCAUCCCUUCUCUUCCCUCUCUCCGACUCUGCUCUGCUACCUACAGAGAUUAACAACAACAAUAUGGUCAAAUUCUCUAAGCAGUUUGAGGGACAAUUGAUCCCUGAAUGGAAACAUGCUUUUGUUGAUUAUUGCCAACUAAAGAAUGACCUCAAGAAACUCUAUCUUCUUAAAACUGAUAACAAGCCCGACUCGACCGCCGCCACCGGCACGGUUGCGAGUACCGUCUUGUCUUCUAUAAAGAAUUUCUCUAUAUUUGGUCACCAACGCAGAGAUCAUGGACCUAUUCAUGUUCAUAAGAAACUUGCUUCCUCUGUUAGCAAGGGAGACAUGUAUGAGACAGAGCUGCUGGAACAAUUUGCUGAUACAGCUGCAGCAAAGGAAUUCUUUUCAUGUUUGGAUUUCCAGCUGAAUAAGGUGAAUCAAUUCUUCAAGACAAAGGAGACAGAGUUCAUGGAGUUGGGAGAGAGCUUGAAGAAACAACUGGAGAUUCUCAUUGACCUGAAGACGGCGAUCCAGCACCGGCGCCAGACCAGAGAUAUCAUGCCGGAUUCCAAGGAGGAUGGCUCCAUCUCCUAUACAAUUUCUUGUGAGUCUGAUAAGGACAAAACAGAGCAAGAACAGUCCCAAGAGAAUAUCAAUGAAGAAUUGGAGAAGACUGAAUUGGCAUUUUCAGACUCUCCAAGAUCAGAAGAAACGGGAAACUCAACGAAAACUAAAAGCUUGGACCUAAAAUGGAGAUCCGUCUCGGGUCAAGUUAUAAGUUUUCAAGGGAAGAACAUAAAGAUGAACAUUCCUCUGACAACCCCAUCUCGGACCUUCUCAGCCAUAAGCCAUUUAUUCAAGGAAGAUUUAACGAACUCAAAGAAAUCCAAUGAAGGCACAAAACUUCACAUUAACAAGACCAGGGUGCACCAUGCAGAGAAGAUGAUUAAAGGAGCUUUUGUUGAGCUUUACAAAGGGUUGGGCUUUCUCAAAACUUACAGGCAGUUGAACAAGCUUGCCUUCAUAAAGAUUUUGAAGAAGUUUGACAAAGUAAGUAACAAUGUUGCACUGAUAAUUCAUUCCUUCAUCAUUGCCUCUGAAAAUCCUGUUUGUAAUCAUGAAGAUCCUGCUUUUUUGCAGGUCACUGGAAAACAAGUUCUUGCCAUUUAUCUGAAAGUUGUGGAAAGUUCCUAUUUCAACAGUUCAGACAAGGUAAUAAAGCUAGCAGAUGAGGUAGAGGAGUUAUUUACCAAAAACUUCGCCGAGGAAGACAAAAGGAAGGCCAUGAAGUACCUUAGACCAAAACAGCGUAAAGAGUCACACGGCAUUACGUUCAUAGUCGGACUGUUCAGUGGGUGUUUCAUUGCACUGCUCGUGGGUUAUGUUAUCAUGGCUCAUAUCAUGGGGACGUACAAAAGGCACCCUUUCUCACUGUACAUGGAGACUGUAUAUCCAGUACUCAGCAUGUUCAGCUUGAUGUUCUUACAUUUCUUUCUGUAUGGCUGCAACAUCUUUGCCUGGAGAAAGACUCGAAUAAAUUACAGCUUCAUUUUAGAGUUAUCAGCCACGAAGGAACUUAAAUACAGAGAUGUGUUCUUGAUUUGUACCACUUCAAUGACUGCUGUUAUGGGGGUAAUGUUUGUUCAUUUGGCACUGCUUUCAAAAGGGUACUCUUAUACUCAAGUUCAAGUGAUACCUGGCCUUCUCUUGCUGCUUUUCUUGCUAUUACUUGUGUGCCCCUUCAACAUUUACUAUCGAUCAAGCCGCUACCGUUUCCUUCGUGUGAUGAGAAAUAUAGCCUUUUCACCUCUCUACAAGGUACUGAUGUUGGACUUCUUCAUGGCAGACCAACUAUGUAGUCAGAUCCCAAUGCUACGAAACCUCGAGUACAUGGCCUGCUACUACAUAACAGGAAGCUACAAAACACAGAAUUACAACUACUGUAUGAACGCCAAGCAUUACCGAGACCUCGCUUAUGCAGUUUCGUUUCUACCUUACUACUGGAGAGCAAUGCAGUGUGCAAGGCGCUGGUUUGAUGAAGGGCAGACAAGCCACCUCGUCAAUCUAGGAAAGUAUGUCUCAGCAAUGUUGGCUGCAGGGUCCAAAGUGGCAUAUGAAAAAGACAAGACCAAAGGAGUUGGAUGGUUAUGUCUAGUGGUGAUUAUGUCAAGUGGAGCAACUGUGUACCAAUUGUAUUGGGACUUUGUAAAGGAUUGGGGUUUGCUUCAAGUGAAUUCCAAAAAUCCAUGGCUUAGGAAUGAUUUAAUGCUUCGAAGAAAGACCAUUUACUACGUCUCCAUGGGCUUGAAUUUUAUUCUCAGGCUUGCAUGGUUGCAAACUGUUCUCCAUUCAACUUUUGGACACGUCGACUCGAGAGUUACUGGAUUAUUCUUAGCAGCUCUUGAAGUCAUUAGAAGAGGGCUGUGGAACUUUUUCAGGUUGGAGAAUGAGCAUCUCAAUAAUGCUGGAAAAUUUAGAGCAGUUAAUCCAGUACCACUUCCAUUUGAUGAAGUUGAUGAGGUAGACUGAUGCCUGUCAGCAACAGUCACAGAUGGAAUUCGAAUCAAUGCCUGAACAAAAGUUUCCAGAGGAAUCUUAUUGUCCCCUUUCACCAUCAGAAAGGAAGCCACUUGAUUCUUGUUAUUUGUGGUUCAGUUCAUAUACAAUUUUUUUUUUUUUUUUUCUUUCACCAAUGAAAAGAAAACCAUUCAAAAUUCCACAGUUGUGUUAAUUCUCAAGUAAACCAACUGUGACAACAAUUUAUCAUGUUCUUCUCCAUCA